AAAUUACCAAAAUGUCAAAUGAAAAUAAAUUGGCCCAAAUCGCUGCUUCAUGGACUUAUAAUCCGUGGAGAAUAGGAUCAAUAGACUUCAUUAUCUGUGUAGAAUAGCCUCGGCCUGAUUCCGUGAUCUGCAGUCUCCAGAAUAGAAAGAAAAUGACAUUUCAGAAAAAUCGCCUGAAAACUGUGAUGAUACCCCUUUGGAAUCUGCCAAAAAUUGACCCGGAAUAAAUCCUCCAAAAUUGGUGCUAAAUAGACUUAAUCGUAGUUGAAGAAUAUCCUCAGGCUGAAUCUGUGAUCUGUAGCCUUAGAAAUCCAAAGAAAAAGGCCUUUCGCCGCCCAAAAAUUACCAAAAUGUCAUCCGAAAAUAAAUUGGCCCAAAUUGGUGCUUCAUGAACUUAUCAUCCAUGGACAAUAGGAUCAAUAGACUUCAUUAUCGGCGUAGAAUAGCCUCGGCCUGAUUCGAUGAUCUGCAGUCUCCAGAAUAGAUAGAAAAUGACAUUUCGGAAAAAUUGCCCGAAAUCGGUGAUGGUAUCCCUUUGGAAUCUGCCAAAAAUUGACCAGGAAUAAAUCCUCCCAAAUUGAUGCUUAAUGGAUUUAAUCAUAGUUGAAGAAUAUCCUCAGGCUGAAUCUGUGAUCUGUAGCCUUAGAAAUCCAAAGAAAAUGGCCUUUCGCCGCCCAAAAAUUACCAAAAUGUCAUCAGAAAAUAAAUUGGCCCAAAUUGGUGCUUCAUGGACUUAUAAUCCGUGGAGAAUAGGAUCAAUAGACUUCAUUAUCGGUGUAAAAUAGUCUCGACCUGAUUCCGUGAUCUGCAUCCUCCAGAAUAGAAAGAAAAUGACAUUUCGGAAAAAUCGCCCGAAAUCUGUGAUGGUACCCCUUUGGAAUCUGCCAAAAAUUGACCCGCAAUAAAUCCUGUCAAAUCGGUGCUAAAUGGACUUAAUCAUCGUUGAAGAAUAUCCUCAGGCUGAAUCUGUGAUCUGUAGCCUUAGAAAUCCAAAGAAAAUAGCCUUUCGCCACACAAAAAGUACCAAAUGUCAUCCGAAAUAAAUAUGCCUGACUCACUUCUACUGUCACUCUAGGAAUUGGCCAAGUGAAACCACUUCCCAAAGCGUAGUAUAGCGGGUUUAGGUUUAAAUGUCAACCCGGGUCCUAGAUCUGAUGACUACUCAGUGAAUUCUUGUUAUCUAGCAAUGAAACUGGCAUGCAAAUCUAAACUAUCAAACUAACAAAGCAAGUAAACUGUUGUAUUCAGGUUAAGAGAAGUCACCCGGAUAUGGUUCCCCCUAGACUGCAGUUAAGCCGGAUUGUAAUUACCAAGUUCAGUUUCUAUGAUAGUUAUACUGCGGAAGGUUCUUAAACAGCCUGAAGUCUCGACUAAAGGUCUUAAGACCCUCUCAAUCUGAGUCUCUAGCGGGCGACUAACCUCCACCGGAGUAAACAGAUUGAGGCCUUAACAAACAAAACCUCCACUACCGGAGUAAAUCCGGUACAGAAUAGUGAGUUGGCUCCUCGACUAAAGUCACCAACUCCCUACCUUCAAUCAAGGAUGCUCUAUCAACCUAGGCAGAUAUUCUCAUUCUAGGUUAAAGCAGAAACAACAGGAAUUUGAUCAGGAUUCAAGUCAUUCAAUCAUUCAAACCUCAAUCGAAUAUAAUCAAAUCAUAGAAUCAGUACUUGGGUUCAUACAAUCAAAGCCUAACAUACAAAUCUAGGGUUCUCCAUACCCAGAUGAAUGGGAGAACUACUCCAUGGAGAAAGAUGCAAAAGCAGAAUCAGACGCGGAAUUCAUACCGUGAAGGAUGGAUUCCUGCUCCUGGACGUUGAUCGGCACUUCUCCAAGCUCAAACUGGCCUCCAAUGGUGUUGAAAAUACAUCUAGGGCACUUGGAGACUCUUGUUCGUCGCUUUCUCUCUCUAGGAAUUGCUCUGUCUCUCUAAAACUCGAAUCCCCUUCUGUUUGGCUGAAAAUCUGCUUAAAAGGGCAUCAGUGGCCAAAGCACGGUCGAGGGCACGGCCGGGUAAUGCCUCAGCCCGCCCGUGCUUUGGCUAGGGUUAAUUACACUAGGAGAAACACGGCCGUGCUUUUGGGAGGACACGGCCGUGCUUUGGUGAAGCACGCCCGUGUUCUAUCUCAGCCAUGCCCGUGUUUUGGCCAAUGUGGUCCAAACUCGAAUUAGCUCUCGGCAGUAAAAGUACGGUCACAGAACACGGCCGUGUUCUGUUUUAGGUGUGCCCGUGUUUUGGCUCCAGCUCACCGAAAUGACUUCUGAAUGCCUCGAAACUCGUGCUUAGCCUUUCCUUUGACGCCUGGGACCUGAAAUAUGACAAAAUAGCACAACCCGGCGUAAAAUAGGCCAAAAAUACACGACUAUGCCCCUCAAACGGAUAAGAACUAGGGGCGCAAAUUCGUGCAAUUACAUCGUUAUCAAUGCCCAAAUCAGUGCCUCAUGGACUUAUCAUCCAUGGACAAUAGGAUCAAUAGACUUCAUUAUCUGUGUAGAAUAGCCUUGGACUGAUUCUGUGAUCUGCAGACUCCAGAAUAGAAAGAAAAUGACAUUUCGAAAAAAUCGCCCGAAAUCUGUGAUGGUAGCCCUUUGGAAUCUGCCCAAAAUUGACCCGCAAUAAAUCCUGCCAAAUCGGUGCUAAAUGGACUUAAUCAUCGUUGAAGAAUAUCCUCAGGCUAAAUCUGUGAUCUGUAGCCUUAGAAAUCCAAGGAAAAUGGCCUUUCGCCGCCCAAAAGUUACCAAAAUGUCAUCCGAAAUAAAUAUGCCCAAUCGGUGCUUCAUGGACUUAUCAUCCGUGGAGAAUAGGAUCAAUAGUCUUCAUUAUCGAUGUAGAAUAGCUUCGGCCUGAUUCCGUGAUCUGCAUCCUCCAGAAUAGAAAGAAAAUGACAUUCGGUAAAAUCGCCCGAAAUCUGUGAUGGUACCCCUUUGGAAUCUGCCCAAAAUUGACCCGGAAUAAAUCCUCCCAAAUCGAUGCUUAAUGGACUUAAUCAUCGUUGAAGAAUAUCCUCAGGCUGAAUCUGUGAUCUGUAGCCUUAGAAAUCCAAAGAAAAUGGCCUUUCGCCGCCCAAAAAUUACCAAAAUGUCAUCCGAAAAUAAAUUGGCCCAAAUUGGUGCUUAAUGGACUUAUCAUCCGUGGAGAAUAGGAUCAAUAGACUUCAUUAUCGGUGUAGAAUAGUCUCGACCUGAUUCCGUGAUUUGCAGCCUCUAGAAUAAAAAGAAAAUGACAUUUCGGAAAAAUCGCCAGAAAUCUGUGAUGGUACUCCUUUGGAAUCUGCCAAAAAUUGACACGGAAUAUAUCCUCCCAAAUUGGUGCUUAAUGGAUUUAAUCAUCGUUGAAGAAUAUCCUCAGGGUGAAUCUGUGAUCUGUAGACUUAGAAAUCCAAAGAAAAUGGCCUUUCACCGCCCAAAAAUUACCAAAAUCCUCCCAAAUCGGUGCUUAAUGGACUUAAUCAUCGUUGAAGAUCAUCCUCAGGCCGAAUCCAUGAUAUGUAGCCUUCAAAAUCCAAAGAAAAUGGAUUUUCAUCGUCCAAUAAAUUCAUAAAAUGCCAUCCGAAAAUAAAUUGGUCGAAAUCGGUGCUUCAUGGACUUAUCGUCCGCAGAGAAUAGGAUCAAUAGACUGCAUUAUCGGUGGAGAAUAGUCUCGGCUUGAUUCCGUGAUCUGCAGCCUCAAGAACCGAAAGAAAAUGGUAUUUCGGAAGAAUCACAAAAAAUCUGUGAUGGUACCCCUUUCAAAUCUCUGCCAAAAACUGACCCCGAAUAAAUCCGCCAAAAUUGGUGCUUAAUGGACUUAAUCAUCAUUGAAGAAUAGUCUCAGGUCAAAUCCGUAAUCUGUAGCCUUCAAAAUCCAAAGAAAAUGGUCUUUCGGCGUUCAAAGAAUUACCAAAAUGCCAUCCAAAAAUAAAUUGGCCCAAAUAGAUACUUCAUGGACUU